CUGCGCUUCACGGCAGCUCCGCAGUGUGUGGUUUAAUGGAGUAGUGAAGUAGUGAAGCGGUGGAGUGGAGAGGUGGAGGAGUUCAGGGGUCUGUGAGGGAUUUAUCGCUGCUGGAGCGGAGGGAGCGCUGCUGUGUUCAUGGCGUGUUUCUUCAGAAGAAGCGUCGCAGCGCAGCUCUCAAGAAUCUGUGGAGCUCAUGAAGAUGUGUUUGUUCCCCUUCUCUCUGCCAUUCCUCCAUCAAAAAAACAGUUGAGCCCUGGCCUCCGUUUAACAGUAAACUCUCUGGUGAAGAAUGGAACUUUCUCACGUGAUGCCGAUCUGCAGACUCAGACUGAGCGACUGGUCAAACAGGUGAAAGAGGAUGGUGUAGUGCAGGAAGCUGUCGCUGGUCAUGGGGUAAUAAACUUCAGGAUUAACACACUGCUACUGGCGGAGAAACUGCUGGAGCAGCUACAUACAGACCCCCAGAGUUUUGGAGUGAAGAGUGAAAUCCUCCAAAACCUUAAGAAAGGAAGGACACUGGUGGAGUUCAGUUCACCCAACAUUGCCAAGAAGUUUCACGCUGGACAUCUACGAUCCACCAUAAUUGGAAACUUCAUCGCUAACCUAAAGCAGGCUUUGGGUAAUGAUGUCAUACGGGUCAAUUACCUGGGAGACUGGGGUAUGCAGUUUGGGUUAUUGGGUGCAGGGUUUCAACGGCUGGGCUCACAAGAGAAACUCCAAGAGAAUGCACUGCAGCACCUGUAUGAGGUGUACGUCCAGGUGAACCGGGAGGCGGAGCAUGAUGGAAGCAUCCAAUUGGCAGCAGCUGAGUUUUUUAGGCGGCUAGAGCAGCAUGACGAGCAGGCUCUGUCGCUAUGGAAACAAUUCAGAGAGAUCACAGUGGAGGAGUACAAGAAAAUCUAUGAGAGGUUAGGUGUUUAUUUUGAUCAGUAUUCCGGUGAAUCCUUUCAUCAGAGUAAAACACGGGAAGUAUUAAAGGACCUCCAAUCACAAGGCUUGCUGAAAACUACAGAGAAGGGGACAGGUGUGGUUGAUCUCUCUGCGGAAGGAGACCUCUCAUCAUAUGCUACUUUGGUGCGCAGUGAUGGCACAUCGCUUUACAUCACCAGGGAUGUGGCUGCAGCUUUGGAUCGAAAAGAGAGAUUCAGCUUUGAUGAGAUGAUUUAUGUGACAGAUAAGAGUCAGUCGGUGCAUUUCCAGCAGCUGUUCCAGAUCCUGCAGGCUAUGGGUCAUCACUGGGCUGAUGGGUGUGUGCAUGUACCAUUUGGGCUGGUGGUGGGGAUGAGCUCUCGGCUGGGUGAGGUGGUGCUUUUGGAGGAUAUUCUGAAUGAAGCUCGCUACAGGAUGCUGCAGAACAUGCGGGAGGCCAAGACCUCUAAGGAACUGGCUGAUCCUGAGCUGACAGCAGAGCAGAUAGGAGUCAGUGCAUUGAUCAUUCAGGAUUUUAAGGGACCGCUGAUUUCAGAUUAUAAAUUUGACUGGCAGAAAGUCCUGCAGGCUCAGGGAGACACUGGAGUAUUUCUGCAGUACACACAUGCUCGCCUGCGCAGUUUGCUGAGGAUGCACAGUAGUGAAAGUCACACACACUUUAAUCCAGCUCAGCUCCAGGACAACAGGAGCCUCUCUAUCCUGCAGCACCUUCUGAGGUAUGAUGAGGUUCUUCUUCAGUCUUCGUUGGACCUGCAGCCACGGCACUUGGUUAACUUCCUCAUCACUCUGAGCCACCUCGCCUCAUCUGCUCACAGAGAACUGCAGGUGAAGGGAAGCUCAGCUGAAGUGGCUCAGGCCAGGCUCCGCCUCUUUUCUUGCACAUGCUCAGUUCUAUCUAAUGGGAUGAAGACUCUAGGCAUCUCGCCAGUGGAGAAAAUGUCCAAGCGUGAUUAACUGAGAUGGUGAUUUUGGGAUGAGCUGGAGCUUCACAACAAUAAGGAAAAGCAGCAACUAUUCAACACUUCCAGGAACUCUUUCAAGACGCUGAGAAAACUAUUCCUGGUCACUCAACCUCAUAAAGCCACUAAGAUUAAAAUACUAAGAGUGUGCAGAUCUGUCCUCAA